CAACGUCUAUGGUCAAUUUCCAUUUUGAAGUAUCAUUCCAAUAUCAGUAUUUUAUUACUGUCGCUUAAUUUCUAGUUAUUUUAAAAUGGGUCUGGCUACAGUUAUUGAAAAUGAGGCUCAUUUUCAAACAGAAAUAGGUAGCGCCGGUACAAAGCUGGUCGUCGUAGACUUUACGGCUACUUGGUGUCCACCAUGCCAACGUAUUGCCCCAUUUUUUGAACAGUUGCCUGCUAAGUUCCCGAGGGCAGUUUUUCUAAAAGUAGACGUUGAUCGAUGUGCGGAAACUGCAAGUGCGCAAGGCAUUAGCGCAAUGCCUACGUUCGUAUUUUUUAAGAAUAGGACAAGAAUUGAUAGACUACAGGGCCCUGACCCCGGCUCUCUGGAGGCAAAGGUUAGACAGUACUAUGGUACUGAUGAAGCUGCAGAUGAGGAUAGUGCCGUAGCAGGACAUAUGGACCUGGUGACAUUUAUUACUAAGAGUGAAUGUGAAUGCUUAAAUGAGUCUGAUGACCAUCCCCUGGCGCAUGCUCUGAACAAUGGCAGCGGAUAUCUGGCCAGUGACUGCGAUGAACAACUCAUCAUCAAUAUUACAUUCAAUCAAGUGGUAAAACUACACUCGCUGAAAAUCAAAGCACCUGCUGAUAAAGGUCCAAAGACUUUGAAGUUGUUCAUCAAUCAGCCAAGAACUCUUGAUUUUGACCAGGCAGCGGGGAAUACAUCUGUGCAAGAAUUAGAGUUGACACCAAGUGACUUAGAGGGUGGUAAUCCCGUGCCACUAAAGUUCGUUAAAUUCCAGAAUGUUCAAAACAUUCAGAUAUUCAUAAAAGACAACCAAUCCGGCGGCGAGGUCACACUGGUUAACCACCUUGCAUUUUAUGGCUCUCCUAUUUGCACUACAAACAUGGGAGAAUUCAAGCGUGUAGCCGGCAAGAAGGGUGAAAGCCAUUAAACUUCAGUAUAGUUCUACAGUUUAGUACAGAUAGUUCAGUUUAAUAAACUAAUCCAAAUUUGCAUAAAUAGAUAAAUCAAGGCAAAAGAUUCUCUAAGCUUUCUUAUAAUAAAAGAGAUAAACCCAUACUUAAGCUAUCUUCAGUCUUUUACACUAGACAUCUUCAGAUUUACUGAUUUUGCCAAAUAAGUAUGAGCUUAAUGUGAACCUUUAAGAAUAACUAAUAUAGAGGUUUUGCAUGAAACAAGUUUAAGCCAUAAAAUAAAUUGAUAAUUUGUGAAUGUAAUAAUGCAAAUGAAUAAGGCAUUGCGAAUCUUAAUAAUGGUUGUCCAUUUAUUUAAAAUACAUUAAAAAUAUCUGAACUAUGUGAUACAACGCAUUUAUGCUUAUGUGACACAUGCUUUUUAGUUUAUAACCUUAAACAUUAGCUUACGAAAAUAUAAACUUAUGAAAUGUUUUAAGCUGUACUAUUUGUAUUACAAAAUUCAUUUGUAUGUACUGAUCAUUUACAUAAUAUGUCAAAUGACCAUUUUAAUUAUAUACAUUUCAUUUAUUUAUGAUACUGUAAUAAAUAUCGUAAUAUUGAAUAAGUAUAAACAUCUUAAAGCAAGUUGUCAUAGCAUCGGAAUUUGUAUAUUCAAGAAAUAAAUGAUUAUAAUUAA